GCCGGCGCCCCGAGCCCGACGGAGCCCCCCAUGCCCGUGUGGUGCUGCCGCUGCUCCUUGGCCGGUCCCGUUAGGAAUUACAACAGCUCUGAAACUGAAGGACAGCUUCUGAAUUCCUUUGGCCAGUAUUUUGGUGACAGCCUUGGGAAGAAGAUAAAAAGAAUGCCUUUAUUAGAAGAAACUGUUCUGCCUGGAGACUCUCUUCUUACUCUGCCUGUGGUAAUAAUAGGAAAUGGACCUUCAGGAAUUUGUCUUUCAUAUCUACUGUCUGGAUACAGGCCGUAUUUGUCUCCUGAAGCUGUACAUCCAAACCCCAUUCUCCACACAAAAUUAGAGGAAGCCCGGCAUCUUUCCAUUGUUGAUCAGGAUCUAGAGUACCUGUCCGAAGGCCUGGAGGGACGCUCUUCAAACCCAGUUGCAGUGCUCUUUGAUACACUCCUUCAUCCUGAAGCUGACUUUGGGUAUGACUACCCAUCCGUUUUGCACUGGAAGCUGGAACAGCAUAAUUAUAUUCCCCAUGUAGUGCUUGGUAAAGGACCACCUGGUGGGGCUUGGCAUGCCAUGGAAGGCUCUAUGCUAACAAUCAGUUUUGGAGACUGGAUGGAACUGCCUGGACUCACUUUCAAGGAGUGGGCAGCUAGCAAGCGCAGAAAUAUAAAGAGUGACCGAGUAAUGCCGGAGGAAAUAGCUUGUUACUAUAAACACUAUGUUAAAGUCAUGGGCCUCCAAAAAAACUUCAGGGACAAUGUUUACAUAACAUCAGUAUCCAGACUUUACCGAGGAGAUGAUGAAGAUAGAAGUCAGCUGAAUGAAAAGCAUUUGGAAAUGGAAGAUGGACAGAAACCACUGAUUAAGCGAAACUGGGAAGUCAGAGGUUAUCAGCGAGCAACAGAUGGUUCUCGUGUGCCCUUCUGCCUCUUUGCUGAGAACGUGGCUCUUGCCACGGGAACCUUUGACUCUCCUGGCCGACUGCACAUUGAAGGUGAAGAUUUUCCUUUUGUCCUUCAUUCCAUGUCUGACUUCGGAGCUGCUGUAAGCAAAGGAAAGCUACGUGGGAAAGCAGACCCUGUGUUAAUUGUGGGUGCUGGACUUACUGCAGCUGAUGCAGUACUGUGUGCCUACAAUAACAACAUCCCAGUAAUUCAUGUGUUUCGUAGAAGAGUUACUGAUUCGAGUCUGAUUUACAAACAAUUGCCUAAAAAGCUUUACCCUGAGUACCAUAAGGUCUAUCAUAUGAUGUGCACUCAGUCACAUACUGGGGACUCUCAUCUGCAUUCUGCUUACACUAGUUUCCCUGAACACAAUGUACUUUCCUUUAAGCCUGAAAUGAAGUGUGUUCUUCAGAGUGCCUCUGGACUGAAGAAAAUCUUGAAGUUUUCUGUAGCCUUAGUUCUGAUAGGUUCUCACCCAAAUCUUUUCUUUUUAAAGGAUCAAGGACAUAGCAUAGGACAUCACUUAAAUCAGCCCAUCACGUGCAAAGGGAAUCCUAUUGAGAUAGAUCCAUAUACGUACGAAUGCACUAAAGAAGCAAACCUCUUUGCUUUAGGUCCCCUGGUGGGAGACAACUUUGUACGGUUUCUGAAAGGAGGUGCACUGGGCAUUGCACGAUGCUUGGCAAUAAGACAAAAGAAGAAACAUGAAUUGAUGGGAAGUGAGGAUGGAGGAGGUGAUGGGGUACCAUAAAUAAGGCAUUAGAAACUUUUCACAUAUGGAACUAGACUUAGUCUAACAAAGCACUCACUGACAGCAAAAGUUGUUAGCAGUCAUAUUUCUGUAUACAAGUAACCUGUGCUUGUAUUGUUUGAUAAAGGAUGCUGAUACCAUAAUACUUCCUUUUCAAAAUGCAAAGAUUUGAUCUGCUGUUACAACUGAUCUCUAUCUACUGGAAUUAAUUCCAGAGAAACAGAAAAUGAGACUAACUCUUACUGACCUACCUGUCAUCUCUUGCUCAGCUGAAAGAGCAGACUUCCUCUGGGAAAAGCAAUGCCUGCCAGUGUGGGUUCAUCUUUCAGUGUCAAACUUGACAAAAUAUUCCUAUCCUGAAAUUAACUUCAAAAAGCAGAAGGCUGUUAGUAGAAAGUGAUGCUUGGUCCCAGAGCAAAUUUGGAGCCUUUUGAAGUGGGAAUUUUAUUUAUUUGCCAUAGUAAUACUUGGAAUGAGCACUUACAAAAUGGUCUUUACUAUACGAAGGAUAUUCCGUAAGCAGAGAGAGACCCAAGAGAGUCCCAAGUGACCCAAUUUGGUAAUUGGAAUAAAAUAAUAGGCAUUCGUGUUUAAUCUUCAGUGCAUGAUUUGACAAUCCAUUAAUGUUUUUUUCAUGCAAUGCCUAGAUUUUGGUGAGUAGAGAAAGACGUGACGUGAGAUGUUCCCCUGUGGUGAUAUGUACGUUCUGAGAGAACUCACCAACAUAAACAAUAAAGUACUGAUGUAAGUGCUCUUA